AUGAGUGAAGGUGACUGGUCUGAGUUCAGCUCUGCUCCAACACAAGGUAAGAUGCUCACUGACCUCCAGGAGAGUACACGGUUUUGUUGGUUCUGUUUCCAUGUUGGUUUCUGUGGAUCUUCCAGGACCAUGAAGGCGUCACAGAGAUUUCUGAAGAAUCCACGUUUUUGGUUUUUAUUCAUUUUUGUUUCUGUAAUUUUAUUCUUCCAUCUCUUCAGCCCAGUUUUAAGACCAAUGGAGGUCGACGAGAGGCACCAAAGAGACAUCCGUAACUCCACAGAACCGCCGGCGGAGCUCCUGGACCCGGCCGCCCUGGUCCUCACUCCUCUGGUCAACACUUUAAUCAACUCGAGUCAGUCCGGCUCCCGGCAGCUCUUCUCUCUGCUCAGCGUCACCUCCUACAGCUCUCUGGCUUUCCAUAAACUCACCUUGUUGCUCUACAACAUUUCCGGCGUCCAAAGUUUUGAGCGCGGUGCGUUCAGGAGGCGCUUCUGCUACUGCGUCACCAACGACACCAACGACUGGGCCGACUUCACAGCUGUCCUCUUGGACGUGACGGGAAACUCCUCGAGUUCUCUACACGAGGUCUUCAAGUCGUCCUCCAUCCUGUCAGUGAGUCAGAGGAACAACUCGGACUGCGUCUACAUCUGCGUGAUGGCAGGAAGGACGGACGGAGCGGCUCCUGAGCUGUGGGGGGGCGGCUCCAUCACGCCGCUCUUCAACCAGACGCUCAUCGAAGGCUCAGCGAACGUCUCGUCCAUCAGACUUCCUGCUGAUUGGCACCAGCCGCCCACGAAUCGAAGCCACGGCUCCAUGUCGACCAGCAGGGUCCUGUCCACGGCGCUCGAACCACCAGGUGGCGGUAGCGCCGCGCCGCCCACCAUCAGCUGCCCCUCGCUUUGCCUGGCAACAAGCAACCAGCAACAAGCAACCAGCAACCAGCACUUCAUCACUGAGUCAUUGGUCUGCGGCGAAACGAGCGCUCGUCGGUCCGGUCCGCGGUCGAUUAGGAGGCGCGUGGACGAGAAGAGGCUGACAGGAGGAACCAGGAGGAACCAGGAGCACGGAUCCAGUUGUCCCUGGAGACGUCCAGAACGGAGCGGCGGCUCGAUGACGCUCGGCGCUCACAAGCUGCAGCCCUGCGUCCUGGAGCUCUGCAGGUUCUUCUCCCAGUGUCUCUGCCGAGCGUUCAGCCAGAAGACGCGCCUCCAGAGUUACUGUGACGACAGCCAUCGCUGGUACGAAACCCACACCUUGGAGGUCUGCCGACGAGUCAAGAGGGUCUCUUUCUCCAGAAAUCUGAAACAGAGAUGUCUGUCCAAGAUGUGCAACCAGCUGUGA